AAGCUUCUCAAUACACAACCACAAAUCACUCUCUGAGGCUAUGUAAGUGUGCAUUUUUCCCUCUGUGUUUCCCCAAAUGCUGAAGAAACAGUCCGAGAAGUUUCAGCAGACACUGUGUCAUUAGAAACAUCAUCCUCCUGAAGUGCUGACUCCGUGGUCGACAAGGUGAAGCUCUCAUCUCCCAUGAACAAGGCGAGUGAAACAACUCUUUGUCACUAAAAAUCCUCCUGAAGUGUUGACUCCGUGGUCGACAAGGUGAAGCUCUCAUCUCCCAUGAACAAGACGUCUGAAACAAUUUCCUACAUCGGAAAUGACUGCAAGGACAUCCCAGACUUCCUCGGAGACACAUACGGCAACUUUGCAAAAAGGCUGGAUCUCAGUUUCAAUCAGCUCAGGUCACUGGCGGGCCUCAAAAUGUUCACCGAGCUGGAAGAGCUGGUCGUUGACAACAAUCUGCUUGGAAAUGACCUCCGGUUGCCCAGGUUACCCAACCUCCACACCUUAACACUCAAUAAGAACCAACUGACUGAUAUCGAGGCCCUGCUGGAACACUUGGCUGAUGUGACCCCGUCACUGGAGUACCUGAGCCUGCUGGGAAAUGAGGCCUGCCCCAACCAGCUGGUCAGCCCGGAUAAGGAUGAGGACGACUACCAGAGAUACAGGUACUUUGUUCUGCACAAGUUGCCCCAGCUGAAGUUUCUGGACAGCAGGAAGGUAACCAAAAAAGAAGUGACGGAGGCGCAGGCGAGAGGAGCAUUCAUGAAAGUGGUCAAACCAAAGUCGGAAGCUCUGUCUAAUGAAGCUAAGUCUGAGAGUCACCCACUGCCCUACACUCCUUUGCCUCGAGGAUCCAGAGAUGCCAAGAACCACAAAGGGGUAUUCGCCAAGUGUCGCUACGUCUACUAUGGCAAGCACUCAGAAGGCAACAGAUUCAUCCGAAAUGACCAACUCUGAUGGACAGCUGGUUUGGCAUAAAGAGGGACAUGAGUGACAAAGGAUGUGAACAGAAGGAAAGAGGAUCAAAUCCGUCACUUAUUUAUUGAAACCACUGGUGAUAUGUGAGUCUACUGAUCUCCCACUGGUAGAAAGAUUUAAACGUCAUCAAAAAAAGUUUGUUACGUCAGGGGAAUGGGUUUUUUAAAGUUUCUAUUCCAGCCCCAUAGUUAUGGCCUCCGCUGCUGAGCUGGGUCUGCUUCUGCCUCUCUGCUUCCAGCUCAGAGUCAGAGUCAGAGAUGACACUCCCACUGACAUGAUUGCCUCUAAGCAUCAGCAACCGCACAACUCCAGACACACACAACACACACACACGCAAGGACAGUCUCUCUCUUACACACUGUCAGUGACAAACACACCCAGCCAAUUGCAUCCUUUUCUUUGACAGACAUGAUGGAUCACCCGUCCACUACCGCCACUAAUCAAGGGUGAAAGGGGUGACGGUCACACACCUGGGGCCUGACAUGGACUCAUCUCUCUCUCGCUUCUCUCUCUCUUUACACACACACACACACACACACACACACACACACACACACUCACAUAUAUAUAACUGCUGUUUAAAGCAUUAAGACAUUGCAAAGAGUUUGACAGAACAGCCUGUUUUAACAUUCCAAAGAAUUUCAAUCCAAACCUGAGGCAUGAUCAGUCUGUUUUGUUUAGCUUGUGGCAAUCUGCAGAAUCCUUUGCCUUUUUUUGUUUGAAUUUUAUUGAAUGAAUUUUAUGUUUGUGUCUCUUAGAAAAGAAUGAGAAACUGUCCCCUUUAAAGUCAGACAUGUCUGAUAUCUUAGCAAUGAUUUCUGUUGCACGUAGGGCUGCCCCCGAAUAGUCGACCAAACGUUAGUCGACCAGAAAGGUUAUAAGUCGACAGGAUUUUAUUGGUCGCUUAUACAAAGAAAAACAUGAAACUCUAUUAGGAGCUGCGCCUUGUCAAAAUAAAUCAAAACCUUUAUGACUGGACCAUGUGGGAAUUUAAUUUGAAUGGACAGACACAGGAA